UGCAGAUGGGAACAGAAAAUAGAGCAAGUCGCCAGCUAGAAACAUCCGUUGCCAUGCUGUCUAGAGAGAGAAACGGUUGAAACGAAAGGAAAAUAGAGAGAGAAAGAGCAUCGGAAUCGAAUCAAAGUCCAGAAACUCAAAUUCGAUCGCCUCUGUGGGAACAGGUAGAGAGAGAGAGAGAGAGAGAGAGAAAGCCCGGCGCCUUUGUGCUUUUCGCAGUCGAGGAAUCUGAGAUCGGGUCAACUACCCAACCCGGACCCGAAAAGGAUGCCGUCCCGCAGAAGAGCUCUCCUUAAGGUUAUCAUCCUCGGCGAUAGCGGGGUGGGGAAGACCUCCUUGAUGAAUCAAUAUGUAAAUAAGAAGUUUAGCAACCAAUACAAGGCGACAAUUGGGGCGGAUUUCCUGACAAAGGAAGUGCAGUUUGAGGAUCGCCUUUUCACUUUACAGAUAUGGGAUACUGCUGGCCAAGAAAGAUUUCAAAGUCUUGGGGUUGCUUUCUACCGUGGUGCUGAUUGCUGUGUUCUUGUCUAUGAUGUCAAUGUGAUGAAAUCAUUUGACAAUCUCAACAAUUGGAGAGAAGAGUUCCUAAUCCAGGCUAGCCCAUCAGAUCCUGAAAAUUUUCCAUUUGUUGUGAUUGGCAACAAGGUUGAUGUGGAUGGUGGAAAUAGUAGAGUGGUAUCUGAGAAAAAGGCUCGGGCUUGGUGUGCCUCAAAGGGGAAUAUUCCUUACUUUGAGACCUCUGCCAAGGAAGGUACCAAUGUUGAGGAAGCAUUUCAGGUUAUUGCAAAGAAUGCCUUGAAGAGUGGAGAAGAAGAAGAAAUAUACCUGCCCGACACAAUCGACGUGGGUAGCAGCAGUCAGCAAAGGUCAACUGGAUGCGAAUGUUGAACAGAGUUAUAUGAUUGGAAAGUUGCUGGGAUGCACCAAGAAACAAUUGAUUAUUCUUGUGUUCUCCAUGUUGUUCUAAGUUCACAUUUGUAUACUAGUAAUGUGUGUAUUAUGGACCGUAUUCAUGUCCUUGUUGGUUGAACUUGCUUGCUUGGUCACUUUCAAUGUAUACUCUACUGUUUUCAUUUGAGUAUUUGACAAAAUUGCAAGUAUUCUUCGGUAAGCA